CUGUCCCUGAAAAGGAAAUAGCUGUGACUGUCCCUGAAAAGGAAAUAGCUGUGACUGUCCCCCCAAAACCAGAAGCCCCACCUGCUAAAGGUAUAUGUUGCUACAAAGAGGAAAAUAUUUGUCUUCUAUUAUCAAAAAUAUUUUGAUGUUUCUGUUGAAAAAUAUAACUUCUAAGUAUAAAAUUACUAAUAUCUUUAAAGUGCCUGAAACUCCCAAAGAAGUCAUCCCAGAAAAGAAGUUGCCUGUUCCCAAAAAACCAGAAGCACCACCAGCUAAAGUGCCUGAACCACCUAAAGAAGUUAUCCCAAGAGAGAUAGUGCCUGUAACUGUUCCCCUAGAGCCAGAGCCUCCACCAGCUAAAGUGCCUGAAGCACCCAAAGAGAUUGUUCCUGAAAAGAAGGUACCUGUGGCUGUCCCCAAAAAACCAGAGGUGCCACCAGCUAAAGUGCCCGAACCUCCAAAAGAAGUUAUCCCUGAAAAGAAAGUGACUGUUCCCAAAAAACCAGAAGUCCCACCUGUUAAAGGUAUUUAUGUACACUCAUCUGAUUCAAAAAGAUCUAUGCUUAAAAACAUUUUCAUGCUUCACUCUUUCAUGUGUUUUUACAUUUGUCUUCACCAUUUCUAAAUGUAAAAAUACUAAUAUCU